GGCGUACAGUAAUUAUGUCCACCCACCACAUGGACGAGGCCGACCUGCUGAGUGACAGGGUGGCGAUCAUCUCUCAGGGCCGCCUUCACUGCUGCGGGUCCCCCAUCUUCCUCAAGAAUUGUUUUGGCGCUGGCUUCUACCUCACUCUUGUGCGACGAAUGAAGCGUGACACCCCGAAGGCCAGCUGUGACUGCACACAGGACUGCUCCUGUAAAUGCUCAACGUGCUCAAAGUUUAAAGUGAGCCAGGAAGAGAGCCGCAGUCCAGACAGACAGAUGGAUGGUAACAUGGAAAGCAUCACAGCUCUGAUCCACCAUCACGUGCCGCAGGCUCGUCUUAUCGAGGCCAUCGGCCAGGAGCUGACCUACCUGCUGCCCAACCGAAAUUUCCAGCCUAGGGCCUAUGCCAGCCUCUUCAGGGAGCUGGAGGAAACGUUGGUGGACAUCGGCCUCAGCAGCUUCGGUGUGUCGGACACAUCGCUGGAAGAG